AGGGUGGGAGGGAGGGCGGGCGAGGGGAGAGAACUGAGCACUCCGAACUGGACAGGCCGGGCUGAGGGGCGGCGGCAGAAGGCAGAGCGCCGCGAUCUCUGUCGGGAAGCUCAACCUCCCUCGGCCCCGCAGGGCCGCGCAGGGGGCGUUCUCACUCCCGCGCCCGCUCCCUCUGUCCAUCCCCUGCUGCCCGCAGACCACUCCGGGGCUCGGUUAUCCGCGCGCGUGUCCCCGGGCUCGGGCCGGUCUCCGGCCCUCGAGGGAGCCGCCACCUUCACCGACAUCUCUGCAGCGGCGGUGUCAGAGGCGGCCCAGACAGGACCCCGGCGUAAGCAUCGAGCGCCCCCCAAGGAGUGCACGACCCCCGGAGCCGCCCUCAACACGGACCGCGCCCGCUGGGCACACAAGAAUGGUCACUCAGAUACUCGGGGCCAUGGAGUCUCAGGUGGCAGGGGGCCCGGCCGGCCCGGCCCUGCCCAAUGGGCCACUCCUUGGUACAAAUGGAGCCACUGAUGACAGCAAGACCAACCUCAUCGUCAACUACCUGCCCCAGAACAUGACCCAGGAUGAAUUCAAGAGUCUCUUCGGCAGCAUUGGUGACAUUGAGUCUUGCAAGUUGGUUCGGGACAAGAUCACAGGGCAGAGCCUGGGCUAUGGGUUUGUGAACUACUCUGACCCCAACGACGCAGACAAAGCCAUCAACACCCUCAACGGCCUCAAACUGCAGACGAAGACCAUCAAGGUGUCCUAUGCCCGCCCCAGCUCCGCAUCCAUCCGGGAUGCCAACUUAUACGUCAGUGGACUCCCCAAGACUAUGAGCCAGAAGGAAAUGGAGCAGCUCUUCUCCCAAUAUGGUCGCAUCAUCACUUCCCGCAUCCUGGUGGACCAGGUCACAGGUGUGUCUCGGGGUGUGGGGUUCAUCCGCUUCGACAAGAGAAUUGAGGCCGAGGAGGCGAUCAAAGGACUGAAUGGGCAGAAGCCGCUGGGUGCAACUGAGCCCAUCACAGUCAAGUUCGCCAACAACCCGAGUCAGAAGACGGGACAGGCUCUGCUCACUCACCUUUACCAGUCAUCGGCCCGGCGCUAUGCAGGCCCCCUGCACCAUCAGACGCAGCGCUUCCGGCUGGACAAUUUGCUCAACAUGGCCUACGGAGUCAAGAGUCCCCUGUCGCUCAUCGCCAGGUUCUCUCCCAUCGCCAUCGACGGCAUGAGCGGCCUGGCGGGCGUGGGCCUGUCAGGGGGUGCAACGGGCGCCGGCUGGUGCAUCUUCGUGUACAACCUGUCACCGGAGGCAGACGAGAGCGUGCUGUGGCAGCUGUUUGGGCCCUUCGGGGCAGUCACCAAUGUCAAGGUCAUCCGUGACUUCACGACCAACAAGUGCAAGGGCUUCGGCUUUGUCACCAUGACCAACUAUGAUGAGGCGGCUAUGGCCAUCGCCAGCCUCAAUGGCUACCGCCUGGGCGAGCGUGUGCUGCAGGUGUCCUUCAAGACCAGCAAACAGCACAAGGCCUAAGCCUCCGCCGCCCUCCCCACCCUCCCCGGGCAGCAGAGAGAAAGAGAGAGAGAGAAGGGGCCCGAGAGAGACAGCACAGGCAGACCCCGGACAGCACGAGGCCCCGCACCCCUGCGGGAGCCACAGGGUGAGCACUCGGGCUGGGAGGGUCUGCAGGGAAUGGGGGGCUGCCUGGGGGUCCCUCACCCAUCCUCCUGCUCCCACCCCAGGCUGGGCUCUUCACUCUCUCGUCUUGGUUUUGUUCAUGGCGAUGGUUUUUGUUUCUUUUUUCGGCUAAAAAGAAAGCAGAGAUGUGCCCCCACCCCAACCCUCAACCACCCUCCACAGGAUGGCUUUUGGGAGGGUGCUGAGGGUGCCCUCCAGGCCUCCCCAACACCGAGGUGAGCCUGAGCAGGGGAGGGAACAGGUUUAAAAAUCCCCAACAAAGCAAAACAUGAGAGGGGUUGGGCAUCCCUGGCCCAGAGCUCCUUGGUGAUGUGUGAGGAGCAGGGGGAGGGGCUGGAAACAGAAACAAAAUGAAAAAAAAAAGGGGGGGGUGGGAGGGAAAGAAAAAUUAUAUUUUUGUAAAAAGGGAAAAAAGACCUCGUGGAGAAUUUUUACUGGGGAUUCUUGAACUUGAAAAAAAAACAAAAAAAAGACAAAAAAAAAAAAGAAAAUAUUUUGACAGGCUAUGUUUACCAACUGGGGCAAAGACAGGGAGCAGGGUUUAGGGGCUGGGAGGGGGCCACAGGGCCACACAGAAAAACAUGCAGGGGCACACACUCACACCCCACAGGAACACACAGCAGCACUGACAGACCCAGAGGCACGCCCCAGACACGUUUAGGAACUCGACCAAACUCAGACACGUGGACAAACAUGGAUAAAACACAGGAAACUGAAGCAUGGGACCACGUAAAUGUGGCAGAGGUAGAACAUGGACAUGGACAAACGUGGACACAAGCAGGCGUGGACAUGCAAACAUUUUCAUGCAUAUACAUGGAGACAUGAAAGUGGAGACAUACAUUUGGACAUACAAUUCUAGACACCCAGUCAUGGAGAAACAGAGACACAACACCCAGGAACACACAGACAUGCCCAUAGCAUCCCUCAGGCCCAGGUGAGAGGUCCCAACCCAGGCCCCCACCCAGUCUGCUUCCUUUAGCCAGGCCAGCCCGACCCCUCCUCCGGGCACUUGGCCCUAGUCGCCCCUGCCCCGGGUUCUCUGCAGAGCUCUCUCCUGGCUCAUCAGUGGUCCCUGCCGCCCAAGAACACAGGUGUGCACACACAGCGUCCAUGCAUCCAGACACACACGAUACCUCGUUCACUUUUGGCGUCAUGGUGGGCUGGAGGCAGCACCCCCCCCCCCAACACUUGAGGCCAAAGGACUCCCUGCCCCUGGGACUGAGCCUCCCCUGGGCCCAGGCCCUGGCCCACAAUACCGAGGGGGAGGUGGGGCCCUGAGCCUCCCCCAAUCCAGGGCCUUCCUGGCAGCAAUCACCUGCCGCUCCCCACCAGGCCCAGGGUGGACGGCCCGGGGCCCAGCCCCGCAUUCCCUUCCUGUCCACUUGUCACCCCCUUUCAGUUUGUUGGGUUUUUCCGUCUUUCCAGAUGAGUGAGGGCAGUGGACGCAGCCUCCAUCCCCAGCCCCAGCCCUGGCUUCUGUCUGGACUUUCCAUCCCCCUAGUUUUCAUUCUUUGUAACGAAAAAUUCCCACAGAAGCCAAAGGCCGGAGCCCCUGGGAGCCCUCGCAGCCCCCCACCCCCUGCAGCGGGCCCAGUCAGAACUGAGAAUCGCAAACCCCAAUUUUAGAUUCAGUUGACCUUCCUCCAGUGUCCCUGCUUUGGUGUCCGGCCAUGGCCCCAUCUGACUGCCCAGCUCUCUCUCCCCGACCCCUCCCCGGUGUUUGUUAUUAAACGUCUGUGGAGCUUCUGCUGCAAGGAACAAAAAGAAAAAAAAAAAUCAAAAAAGCAACAAAAAAACAAAUAGAAGAGGAAAAAAGCAACAAAAAAAGGAAGAAAAAAAACACACAGAAGAGAUUUAAAAAAAAAAAAAAAAAGGAAAAAAAAAACCAGACAUAAACUGGCACCAGUUAACUUUCUUGUACUUUUUUGCCGAAUUUAGCUUCUUGUAGUUUUAACUUAUUGCUAUGUUAACUAUUUAUUCUUGUUGCCCUGUAAGGACAUUUGUGUAUAUUUCUGUUCCUUCAUCCAGUUUGCAAGUUUAAAGGAACCACGAUGUUCUGUUUCUUUACGUUUUGCCGAGAUGUGGUUAUGCCUAAUUUAUUUAUAAAAGGGGAAGUGGAAUCAUUAAA